AUGAGUGCGCAGCAGGCCAAGAGAGAAAGGCGAGAUGCAAAGUCUAGCAACAAGUAUGGAAAGCCGAUAGUGCUCAAGUCCAAAAUUUUGUCCGCCAUUGCAGAUCCACGCAGCUCCUCAUCAGCCAUCUUCGUUGCGGAAUCUGCGGGGUCCGUGAGGCAUGUCAAGCUCGGUGUACGUAAUCCUGUCAACGGAGGAGUUUUGCAAUAUACUAGGAUAUGCCCUGACUUGCGUUUGAUCUUUUGGCAGGAUGAACCAGAUAGCAGGACAGUAUAUCGUGGACCAUCCGCACCAGUGACUAGCGUUGCGGUGGGUGGUCCAAACCAAAAGACUCUCUUCGCCGGGUCUUGGGAUAAGUGUAUCUGGUCUUGGGAUAUCGAUUCCCAGAAACCUGCAAAGAAAUAUGCGGGCCACACCGAUUUCGUCAAGACCAUCGCUACUGCCACUCUGGGUGGCACAGAUAUCCUGAUCAGCGGUGGUGCUGACAAGAGGAUCAUCGUGUGGGACGUGAGCACGGGCAAGGAACUCCACGUUCUUCAGGACAGUGCGAUCAACAUGCUCGCCGUCCAAGCACUUGUCAUAGAUCCUGUUCAGACCACUGUUGACGAGGUGUACUUGUUCAGCGCCAGCAGCGACCCGCAUAUUCGGCGGUGGAAGAUUUGUUUGGACUCUUGGAAGCAGGUGGUGGACGAGGUCCCUCAGUCUUCAACAGAGAGGCGGACACUCCUGGAGCACGAGACUAGUAUCUACAAGCUCGUCUUUGAUCAAGAGAGUGACGAGGUUGAUCUCUGGACUGCGAGUGGUGACGGAACAGCAAAGUGUUUGGCAAGAGGCAGUGGCUUCGCUAGUGACGAUGUGUUUGAGCACGGUGACCAUGUCAAGGCUAUCGCAGUCACUAGUACAUGGGUCAUCACAGCUGGAAGGGACGAGGAUAUCAAGUUCUGGGACAGGUCGACAGGGAAGUUGUACUGUUCGAUGCAGGGACACUUCGAUGAGGUCACUGAUAUGGUGAUAGUGGGUGACUGUCUCUGUAGUGUUGGUAUUGAUGGUACGAUUAGAACGUGGCCCCUGACCAAAACCCUGCUUGACGUGGCCAUCAAAGAGCAAGAUACGGUUAUGGAAGACAAGGUUGAGGAUAAGACAGCGCAGGAAGGGUUACUUUCGACAGAGGAGGAAGCCGAACUGGCAGCUUUGAUGGAAGAGGACGAUUGA